CAAUGCGAUAGCGGAUAGGAUAAAUUUGAUAAAAUCCAAUUCCGAAAAUUAGGGUUUCCACCCCCAAUCUGCUAAUGGCGGUUAACAUUUGUACCUCAUACUGUCAGUUUACAUUCAUUUCAACCAAAAGCAGGGCUGAUAAGUGUAGAAGUGUAUUUGGAAAAAGGAAAGUGGUGGGAAGAUCAUUUGUUUGCUUGUUAACCGACGAUAAGCAGAGAAUUGAGCUUAAGAAUGAGAAGGAUUCACUGGAUAUUUGCAGAGUGGUGAAUGGGAUGUGGCAGACGAGUGGCGGGUGGGGUAGGAUCGACAGGGAUAAUGCAGUCGAUGCCAUGCUUCGAUAUGCUGAUGCUGGACUGAACACUUUUGAUAUGGCUGAUAUAUAUGGACCUGCGGAAGACCUUUAUGGUAUUUUCAUUAAUAGAGUACGAAGAGAGCGUCCCCCGGAGUAUUUGGAAGAUGUUAGGGGCCUCACUAAAUGGGUGCCGCCGCCUGUCAAGAUGACCAGUAGCUUUGUUCGGGAUAGCAUCAACGUGUCGAGGAAGAGAAUGGAUGUUUCUUGUUUGGACAUGCUGCAAUUUCAUUGGUGGGAUUAUUCAAAUCUGGGAUACCUUGAUGCACUUAAACACCUUACAGAUUUGAAAGAAGAAGGUAAGAUCAAGACGAUUGCGCUGACUAACUUCGACACUGAGAGAUUGCAGAAGAUCCUCGAGAAUGGGAUUCCAGUUGUCAGCAAUCAGGUACAACACUCAAUUGUAGACAUGCGCCCUCAACAGCGAAUGGCUGACCUUUGUCAGCUCACCGGAGUUAAACUUAUAACGUAUGGUACAGUAAUGGGUGGACUACUGUCUGAAAAGUUCCUCGAUGUCAAUUUAACCGUCCCUUUCGCCGGCCCUCCAAUGAACACUCCUUCGUUACAGAAGUACAAAAGGAUGAUCAAUGCCUGGGGAGGAUGGAGUCUUUUCCAAGAAUUGUUGAGAACACUAAAGUCGGUAGCAUCAAAACAUAGCGUCUCUAUCCCUACAGUUGCCGUGAGAUUCAUUUUGGAUCAGCAAGCUGUGGCGGGAUCAAUGAUCGGUGUUAGGCUCGGCCUCUCGGAGCACAUAAAAGACACCGAGUCGAUCUUCUCCCUUGCUCUCGACGAAGAUGAUAAAAACAGUAUUUUGCAAGUUUCACGGAAAGGUGCGAAUCUCAUCAAAUCUAUAGGUGAUUGUGGCGACGAAUAUAGGCGUGCCUAGCUAAUCCGUUGCGUCUCGGUGUUUAUAUUUUUAUUGUCGAUAAAAGUAACAGUAAUUAUUAAAAAUAAGUCAUGUGAUAUUGUCUAACAAAUAAGCGAAGAUAUCAAUACUGAAUUAAUUAAAGUCUUAUAUAAAUAUUCACAUUAACACAGA